AUGAGCCAACCGGACAUUGCUUACAGGAACACCAUCAUGUCCAACGGUCCAUGGAAUCCUUCACGGAGUUCGAUGUACAGUGAUGCCUUCCAAAAUGGAGGUUUUGAUAACAAUUUCUAUCGAACAACAAGUGUUUCACAAUAUUCUCCUGCCGUCAGUUCAUACAACCUGCCGCUAGGAACCAACGGCCAUCAUGCGGCAGCCACAUCGUACUCCACGCGGCCGUUGUCCGGGUCGCACGGCACCAGUGGUGCAGCUGCAUAUGGGUCGUAUAAGAGUACGACUUCGCAAGCCUGGGACUCUCAGGGAAGAUACUCGCCCACGGACUCCGUAGACGACAUCAUUGCUUCCCCCAACCUUUCAGAUUACUCUUUAGAGAACGGGACCGAGCCGACGUCAUCAGGCAAGAACAAGUCUGGAGGGAAGACUCGUCCACAGCGUCGACCCUCAAACCGCGAUGAAUUUGAUGGUCCACACCAGUUUCUCGCUCGCCCUCCACAAGACUAUGUCGCGCAACAAGAGCGUGAGCUCCCUCAUCUACCCACGAACCUCCUUGUGCAGGAGCAAGAUUCGGUCCUAUCCCAAGUCAACGAUCGACUAUCACAAUGUGCUUUCGAUUUUAUCGCCAAAUACCAGUUUCCCAUCCCUCUCACCCAGGACAUGCGACCUGUUGAGCGGCCACAGGACCGUGAGUGGACCGAGUGGGUAUAUCUUCUCAAGCGACUGGCGACGAAGCGUCGUAUCCCCGCACGGGUCCUGUACAACGGCCAGAUCAAGCAAUUUGUCACCAUUCUGGAGAACUCGCUCGAAAUGCGACAUGCUGCGAAACACCAGAGCCGGCCUCUGAAGGACGAUCGCAACAUCCUGCAGCUUAUCUCGGCGGGGAUUCAGGUGGCCAAAAUUCUGAAAGAUGCGAGCGCGAUGAAAUAUCUCGACCAGUUAUACGUUCAAACGGAGAAGCAAAUCCAAGAUCGGGCUGCGGCGGCGCGGUUCCGGGUCUGA